AUGCCAGCGGGCGGCGGCGUCGCCGUGGUCUGGUUCCGGAAGUGCUUGCGGGUUCACGACAACGCCGCGCUGUUGGAGGCGGGGAAGACAGCUGAGCACGUCUGCCCGGUCUUCGUGAUCGACCCGCACUUCGGCCCCGGCAGCGUCGGCGUGAAUCGCUACAAUUUCUUGUUGGAGAGCCUCCAAGAUCUCGACGCUCAGCUGCGCAAGCUGAAGAGCCGCCUUCUGGUGCUGCGGGGCAAGCCGGAGAAGGUCUUGAGCGACCUCGUGAAGACAGGCAAGCCACUAAUGAAGGGCAAGCCCAGGAUGGUGCUCUGGGAGAAGGAUACAGAGCCCUACGCGCUCAUGAGGGACUCUGCAGUGACCAAGGCCGCGGAGGCGAGCGGCGUGGAGGUCCGCACAUUCUCGGGGCACACCCUGUACGAUGUGGACGAGGCGCUGAGGAAGAACAAGGGGAAGGCGCCCUCGCAAAUGCCAGGUAUGGUGACGCUGGCGAAGGCACUGGGGGAGCCAGACCAGCCGCUGCCGGCACCCUCCAAGUUGCCUGGGCUUACCAAAGAGGCGUUGGCACGAAAGGAUUUACGGGUGCCGACAUUGAAGGAGAUGGGCUACAAGGAGCUUGCCGAGCAUUGCGGCUUCCACGGUGGGGAGACAGCGGGCCUCGCCAGGCUGGGCGCCAAGCUCAAGGACACAUCUUACAUACGCAGCUUCGUCAAGUCGCAGACGCAGUCCACAGCUUUCUCACCACCGUCGACUACGGUGUUAUCACCUUACCUGAAGUUUGGCUGUGUCAGCGUGAGGCGGUUUUACCAUGCGCUGAGGAAGAUUGAGGCAGGCGGGAAGCAUUCCGAGACGCCAGGGUCUCUGGUGGGCCAGCUCUACUUCCGUGAGAUGGCCUACUUGAUGGGCGCGUCAAUUCCAAAUUUUGAUAGGCAAGCGGGGAACCCAUCUUGCAAACCCAUACCCUGGGGCAGUAGCUCGAAGCAGCUGGCGGCCUGGGAGAAGGGUCAGACUGGCUACCCCUACAUUGAUGCGGCUAUGCGACAGCUGACUCGUGCAGGCUGGCUCCACCAUCUCGCCCGCCACGCCGUGUCUUGUUUCCUCACGAGGGGCGACCUUUGGCAGCACUGGGAAAAGGGCCGAGACGUAUUCGACAGGCUCCUCCUAGACUCCGACUGGGCCGUUAACAACAUGAAUUGGUUGGCGCUUUCAGGCGUGGCGCCUUGGUCGCCGCCGUUCUUUCGCGUUUAUCACCCCGUGCCCAAGAUGGAUAGUUCAUUGAACGUGCGAGACCCGGACGGAAAAUAUAUCAAGGAAUUCGUCCCGGAGUUGCGCAAAAUGCCGAGCAAGUACAUCUACGCUCCGUGGACGGCGCCGUUGGAGGUACAGAAGCAGGCCGGAUGCAUCAUCGGCAAAGACUAUCCUCAUCCCAUCGUGGACCACACCAAGGCCAGCACGGCGAAUUUGGCUGCCUUCAAAAGGGCGCUCGAUGCUUCCAAGAAUGCCGCGCCUGCGCCUGCGCCGACGACAGGGGCGGGCGCCAGAAAGCGGGCAGCUGGCUCCGCCAGCGCGCCCGCGGCGAAGAGAGGCAGAGCGUGGAAGUGA